GUGCGCGAGCGCAGGGGCGUGGCGCUCAGAGCCGCCGCGGAUGCUGCAUCGAGCGCACCUGUCACCCGCGCGCCAAUCACCACGCGCUACCACGAUCGAUUCCAAAUUCAAUAAUCGUAAUUCUCAAACUUCUUUCUCCCAGUGCGUGUCUAACCAGCCAGUGAGUGAUUUUUCAGUGACAAUAAAAAGUUUUUUAAAAUAGUAAUAUUUCAUCUGUAGGCUAGUGAAUUGUGUUAUCAGCGCUUAUCACUGCUACUCCAUCAUCGCUGUCUCUACAACGUGCUGCGAAUCUGCGUAAAUGUAACAACAAAAGCCCUGGCGAUGUCAAGCGCGGGCUGGGCGGCGCUGGCGUGGCUCGUACUGGCAGCUUCGACCGCCGCCGACAACCAUCUCAUACGGACGCACGCGCACAACGCGUAUAACAAGGACUUGACUACUGUGUUGGCAGUGCUCGAAGAGAGAUUUAGAGUUCUGGACACCAUCAGUGCAGUGCAAGUGAAGCAAUCGCGGCGACUCGACGUCAUACAAGACAAACUUGACCGCGUGGAGACGACGCUGUCGCUGCGGCUGGAGCGCGCACAGCUCGCGGCCGAGCGCCUGGAACACCGCCUGCACAUGCUGCAGACCAGCGUGCAGGCCACCAUUAAAGAAAGCAACGAAAAGCUCGAACAAAGUCAAGCAAAGGUUGCCGAGAUCGCCCAGAAUUUAACCAGUCAUUUGGACUCGCAUAGACAUCUACUAGAAAAGGUAAGCGGCGCGUAUGCGGAGACGUGGCGGCGGGGGCUGACGCUGGAGGCGCUGAUGCGCGACGGGCUGUCCCUCAUCAACGUGACGCGGCGCGAGCUGGCGGACGGGCUGCGGGCGCUGGCGCGGCGGCAGCGCGACGCGAGACUGACCUCCUCCGACCUCGAGGCCGCCUUCUCGAGGCGGCUCAAUGACAACACCUACCGCAUCGACUUGAAGAUGCAAGAAGUCCUGGACGCGCAGAAGCGCUUCGUGGACUCGUGCCAGCGCGUGCAGCUGGACGACCCCACGCACGUGGCCGACGUGCUCGACAAGCUCAUCGACUCCUUGAUCAACAAGACCGCAUCGACAUUCCGAGAGCUGCAGAGCAUACAAAGCACAAUGCGGAGCCACGAUAAUAGAGUCAUGAAAAUACUUAGCACCGGACGCAACACGCAGUACGACGCGACAUGCAAGCGCUUGGAGACGGCGUUCCGCAACUCCUCUCACUCUGCCUUCAAGGAGUCGGAGCUGCAUCAGCUGACGGAGAAGUUCGUGGCGCUGACGGACCGCGCGGACGCGGCGCUGCAGCGGCUGGAGGCCAGGCUGGGGGACGACGCCGCGGGGCCCGAGGGGGACGUCACCGCCGCCGCCGACAAACUGCUUAUGAAGCUUGAAAGCGAGCGCGACGAAGAGGAAACCGACUGGGAGGACGACGACGCGGGCUACUUCGUGGACGACGGCGGCGGCGACAUGAUGGCCGAGGACAAGGCGGUGCUGGGCGGCCCCGGCCCCGCGCCCGACGCGGCCACGCGCGCGCCGCACCGGAGACAUCUGCACAAACACCCGUACGACCGCGGCCCGGGGUAGACUAGCGAACGGGAUGGUGGCAGUGAUGAUGAUAUUAAAGUAAUAUAUUUUUGUAAGAAUUA